AUGACAAUCGAUGGAGGUCAGAACAGCAGUGAUGAGUUAGAGGAUAAGAGCCUUAAUACAGGUUCUGAUAAAGUUUAUCAAAACUAUAUGAUGCCAGGAUUGGAGCUUUACGACGCAAAAGUAUCCAUAAACCACUGGCAACUUCGGGAUUGCAUUAGAGCGUCAUCCAGGCAUCCUGGGAGACUUUUCUACAUCUAUGACCAUUCCAUAAGGUCUCUGGAUACAACACAAGCUGGAGGACCGACUUUAUUCCCUCCAAGGCACCCUCAUCAUCGUCAUCAUCAUAAAUCAAGACUAAGAAGGAAUAGCAUAGGUGGUCCCAGAAGGACGGCAUCUUCAGGAUGUAAGAGAAAGUAUCAUGCACCUUCGCAGCUGGUGACAGAGUUUAAUUUUAAGCCCAGAUGCUUCACAGAGUCUGGUGGUUUAGUGGCAUGUGGUGGAUUAGUUGGGCCAGAUGAUAGAGGAUUCCCGACGAAUUGGAGUCGUCUUUCACAAGAGUCAAGUCACGCUAACUCAUUACCGGCCCCUGCAGAACCAGUUAAGUUGGCUGAUAACAGCGUUUUAGCGGAUCAUAGCAACUAUAGCAAUCCGAGCAUUUGGAAGGGCAUUUUAUCACUCUAUAGUGAAGAUUCUGGUGUUGCAACCUCCUUUGUGUUAGGCCAGUUUAUCAAUAAUUGUGUCACAUUAAACCCUAGAUCUACAAAGGAGUACGAUCUGUACUCCUGUAAUAAUGAUGGACAUUUGUAUCAAUGCAAUGUGGACAAUAGAGGUGUUGAAUUAGUAAGGCGAUAUUCAGAUCUCAAAUUUGCUCUUAACAAUGUGGCUAUCUCUCAUGAUGGAAAGACUAUGGUAGCAUCAGGGGAUUCCAAUAAGUUCGCUAUCUAUAGGCAAUCUGAGUUGGCAGGCCAGUUUAGUUUAGCUUAUGAUUCGCAACCUAAUUGGGGUAGUUCAGUGGUAAGAGCUAAAAGAAUUCCCAGAUUCGCAUUACCAGAUGGAUCAGGAUUCGUUGACCACAUAUAUGAAGCAGCAGGCGGAGACCACGGGUUCUAUAACUGUUUUUCUGAAAACGAUUUACAAUUUGCUACUUUAUUUCAGAACGGUUGUUGCCUUGUCUACGAUGUUAGAAACAUGGAUACGCCCUUAGCAGAAAUUACAUCAACAAGACCUCAUUCUCAUAAUGGUUCCUUUAGAGUUUGCAAAUUCAGUUAUGGUCUUGAUGAUCUGUUAUUCAUAUCUGAACAUCAAGGUAGAGUUCAUGUUGUUGAUACAAGAAAUUUCAUGAACCAUCAAGUGAUUUUAAUUCCAGAUAAAUUGAAAGCUGAGGAUGUGUCACAGGAAAAUAGUAGUGGUAUUAGUGGAGGUAUUGAACCUGGACGAAGGAAUACCCCAGUGGUUACUGCAAUGUCUCCAAUUUCUCCAAGCUCUUCAGUGUCAAGCCUUGCCGCCAAUGCUCGCAGAAGACAUUCUAUGGCAGUACCACCCUCAUUUAACAACCCAGAACCUUGGCUAACGUUAGCUACAAAGCUGCCGCUAAGGUUAUUGGAGCCACAAAUAGUCCCUUACCCAAAAGCCCUCAACAAAUUGACAAAUUUCAUUCUUUCCCAGCAACAACAACAGGAUUCUUCUUUGGAGCAUGAAAGUAGUGGCGAAGCUCCAAAUAACAGAGAUCCCGAAACAAGAAGAAGAUCAUCUUUCCGCGUAAGGAGGUUUUCCACUUCAUCGAAUGUUAGCGAUAGUGAUGAUAAUGCUGAUUCAGCACAAGUGGAUCACCCUUUGGAGACUCCUCCUUCUGUGGACAAUUACAAUUACCAAGAAGGAAGAACCGGGAUAUUCUCUCGUAUUCAAAGAAGUGAAGCAUUCAAUUCAAACAACAACAAUAACAAUAAUAAUGGUAACAGUGCAUUUGACGAUGACGGCAUUUACGAUGCCUAUGCGGAUAUCAAUAGUGAUGGCAACACGUACUCUUUAUCAGGAGCGUUCGGGACCCCCAACAUUAGUAGUUAUGCAGUUGAUUCUGCCUCUGCCACUAAUUAUUCAGAUACCGAUUUCACCGAGGAAAAUAAUAUCGCCGGUAUUAAUUGGGUCGAAGAUUAUAGCGGCAGCUCGUUAAUCAUCGGUACUGACUAUGGUAUCAUGAAAUGGAAUAUUAACUCAUGGGCCAGAAGAAGUUUCUCAAGUUACGACUUCUGUUGA